AUGUCAGUAUGGCAGGAUUGGAUAAUUGGCCUGGCCUCUCUUUUCCCUCAGAAUGAACAGAAUAGUUACGCGACGGCGACAGUGAUGGAAAUUCUGCGGUGUUUGCUCUUCUACGCUCUCCGCUUUGAAUUUGGUGGUUGGCGAGUGUGGAUCGACACUUUGGCCAUUCUCCAUUCUCGUAUUUCCUUUGAGCAGUUUCGACGAGCUACGCAUCAGCAGGUUUGUUCACACUUUCUGGAUGCGCCUCAUUAG